AUGUCGACGCCAUAUCUCCGGCUUGGUGCAUUGACCAAGUUCUUUACACAUUCGCGCUAUUUGAUUACACUAAGAGCUGGAAAGCAAAAGUAUCAUUCGAUACUCUUGUUUCGAUUGGCUGGUUCGUCGCAUGACACGAAGACGCAGCUCGAGUCGGCUGCGAGUAAGGUUCGGGCAGUGGAAGAGCUCCAGAUGUACGCAAUGGAGGCACAGUGUCCGCAUCUAGGAGCGGAUUUAUCUCAUGCAGAGAUUGAAGAGUAUGAAGACGGCGAGUUUUGGAGAUGGCCGUUUACGAAGGUUGUGACGGUCUGUCCAUGGCACAGAUAUAAUUUCAAUCUCAAGACUGGAAGGAGCGAUACGGGUCUGCGGGCGUGUGUCUAUGGUCUUCAGAUACGAGAGGAGCCACUAGGCGAGGGGCCUGAACUCUGGGUAGAGUCUCCGUCUAAUGAAGAGUAUGAAGUUGUCGAGUUGAGACCGGUCUCAGAAGCCUUUGCGGAUAUAAAUAACAUUGGCAGGGAUCCCCCAAUUAUCCAGAAUCCCGAGUCUACUUCGUCAAAGAUCGAAGAACCCGUCGUCCCUACGCCAGCUCCCACUACGCUCUUGGAAUGGGCCGUCCUCAUCCUCAACACACCCGACGCCGUGCUCAAAGUGCAGAGGACACGGCAUGCUGUCGAACUUUUCCGAACUGGCGGUAUCAAGUCGAUAGGUCGCCAUGGGAAAGCGCCGACUCCUCCGACCGUGCCGCCGCGCGACGCUGGGAUGAUGUUGGUGGACCCGACAAAAGUGGCCAAGCGUGGAAAGGGCGGUAGUCUCCGAAGCCGGAUCACGAUGCUUCACGCACUUGCGAACAUUGAACAGUGGGCAAUAGACUUGGCAUGGGAUAUUAUUGCACGUUUUGGGAAUGACAAGAGCAUACCGAGUGGAUAUUACAUCGACUUUACACGUAUGGCGUUGGACGAGGCGAAACAUUUCACGCUUUUGUCCAACAGACUCUCUCAACUGGGGACGCAGUAUGGUUCAUUGCCUAUCCAUAGCUCGUUGUGGCAAUCUGCACUCAACACGAGUGACUCUCUCCUCGCACGCCUCGCCAUUAUCCACCUGGUCCAUGAAGCUCGGGGGCUGGAUGUGAACCCCGCGACGAUUGCCAAGUUCGAAAAGGCUGGGGACACAGAGAGUGUGGCGCUACUCGAGGUCAUCCACCUGGAUGAGAUUACACACGUCACCACUGGGCAUCGCUGGUUCACAUGGAAGUGUGACGCAGAGGGUCAGCUAGACCCUGUCUCGACGUUUCGCUCGCUGGUGCGAGAGCGGUUCCAGGGUCCCCUCAAGGGUCCAUUUAACAUCGAAGAUAGACGGAAGGCUGGGCUUGGUCAAGAGUUUUACGAGGACCUUGUUGGAGGGGAGGGAGCGGCAGUGAGUGUAGGGUAUGAGGAGAGCGGGACUGGAAGGGAAUGA